AUGCGCGCGCGGUGUGGUACUGUGGUACUGUUCAAUCUGGCGACUGCCGAAGCAACGGCAGCGAGGAGCAGUGGUAAAGCGGCGGACCGGUACUAGCGAGGUGCAUUUUGAAUGUGACUUUGCCAGACCUGGGAAAGUCUGUAUUUGCAAAGGAGGAAUAUACGUUUAUCAUGACCUCAAAACUGAUGAGAACGAAACCGCUUGAAAAAAUUGUUAUGCUUAGAAUUCGAAUUUUGUAAUAAUUUCACUGAACGAAUAAAAUAUCCAAAAAUCUCAAAAAUUGAAUCUUAGCUCUAUUAAAGUACGAUACGACAACGGGAAAAUGAAUAAAAAUAUAUUGCAAACUUUUACAUCAGGGCACAUUUUAUCGCAUGCCAAUUUUCCUCUUCACGUCCACCCUUUUCAAAGCGCCGUGCAAUAGAAAGAGUAGAAAAAACUGGAACAGAAGCAUAUUUGCAAUGAAGAAACGAAAAAGGAACAAACGGGAUGGAAGAAAGCGCGCCCCGUUGAGAAAUCUGGGGUCGAUUUACCGUGAGGCAAUCUGUACAAAUACCGGUGGCUCAAAAUAGACGCGUUAUUCGUUUGAAAUGAUUUCGGGAAAUAGGCAGAAUUGGUAUUCCGGGAAGGGGACAAAAAGUGAGUCCUACAACGAUAUAUCGUUGGAUACGCAUUUUUACGGUGAGUUUUAGGCGCGAAUAUGAAAUUUCCGUAGGAAAUGCGCAAAUAGCUCCAAAAUUUUGAGUUCCCGCGCAGAAGUUACAGUAAAAAGGCAAUUAACGAUAUAUCGUUGUAAGACUUACUUUUUCCGCGCGGAAUACCGAUUCUGCCUAUUUCCCGAAAUCAUUUUGAACGAAUAAGGCGUUAAUUUCGAAAUCGCCGAAAUUACUUUGAACACGGUAAUUUCGGCGUUUCAAGUCAAAACGAUUCGUAAAUCUUGGCGUUUAGGUUGUUAACACACCCACACGCACUAUCACAUACUCUAAAAUUUUAUUUUCAAUUAAUAUGCAAUUUUGAGAGUAUAGUUCUUGAAAUGUUGGAAAUUUGGUCAGUUCGAAAAACGUGAUGUGAAAAAAAAAUAUCCGGAGGUGUUGGAGCGUCUCUAGAAUUGCUCAGAAACGUCCGAAGCGCACUCGGUUUUUGUUACCGAGGUCCGAGACAGGGUUGUGCGAGGGCCGGCUCGUCAGUCUAACGGCUUAGUCAUUAUCUGAGCCUGGGCCAGGGUGAGCGAAGUCUCAAGCAAAAACAGGCCCAAAAGCUCAAGUUGAAUAUCAGCUUUUUUUUACGACCAAAGCAUGUUUCUAGUUAUUUUUUACACUUAAAGUUCAACAGAAACUACGAAUUUAAAAAAAAGCAUUUUUCGGUGUUAAAUUUGAGUUCGGAUACAAUUUUUUUCCAAAAUAAAGUCCGAAUUUUUCGAAGCCCCGGCUCAAGCCUUUCCUGGCCCAAGCAGGCUUUUUCGCGAAAAUUGGUCCAUCCUUGGUGCCGCAAACCAUACGCGCCCGGACGUUUCUGAGCUUCUAAUAACUUCUUCAACGCUCUCUCAAGAUUUUAAAAAUGUUUACUAGAAUUUCUGAGUAACGUCCAAGACGAUUUCUAUUUGCGCUACCGAGGUCCGAGAAGUUGAAGCCCAAAGCCAUGAAGCCUGCGCGGGGGACCAAGAUAAGCUUUGAAAAAAAUUUUCAAACUUCAUCGAGAAAACUUUUAUCCUAACACAAAAUUUUCACCGAAAGAUUACUUAUCACUUGUUUCGGAGACUACUUUUUCACUUGUUUUAAAGUCUAUCAAAAGCUAUGGAAACGGACGGAGGCCGAUAGGUUGACAAUCUGGACCUCGCACAAGCCUGGCUAGCCUGCUUUGAACAGGUGUCAAUCAGUUUUGAAUGAAUGAUAAUUGCAUUCUUUGUACUAGUGAGGAGUAAUUUCAGUCAUUGUGAAUUUACUGUUAAUUCUUUUCUCCUUUGCAAUUCAACACAAAACGAAAAACCCUCAGCUGCUUUUAAGAGCAUCGGGCUGGUACCUGGCAUUGUUUCGCCGGCCUCGCAGUUGGUCGAACUCCGUCCGCCAUGGAUCUUUGAAGACGUGACUUUGAUAAACGAAGGCGGAUUUCUUGCCAUUGCGGUCAUCUGA